AUGUUGGAGGAUUACAUCAAAUCUCCAGAAAGAAUACCUCGAUCAAGAGGCGCAAGACUGGCGUUGGCAAAGUUGCUAAAGUUUUUGUCAGACAAAGGCUCGUCAGAGAAAGCACUUUCUAAAGGCAGAAAAGAAACCAGUGGAGCUGAAUGGACUACAAUUGUGGCACAUCAUCUACUUUCAAAGCUUGCUGUUUGUUCCAAGUAUACAUUAGACAGUCACAGUUUUAGCAAAGGGAGGAUUAAAGAAUUAUGCUGUGGUUGUGGCUGCAAGGAAAGAUUAUCAUGGGAUUUUGGUGACACAUCUAUAGGUGGUCCAUCUUACUGGCAUGGACGAGUUGACAUUCUGAUGGAUGUUGCCGUGACUGUGGCCACUGAAGAUCCCAACUUACCAGAUGCAGAAAAUUGUUCUUCUUCUGUUGAUGUGAAAUCUCCAUCUGAGAGGAUGAUGAUGUGCAAGGAACAAAUAAGGGCCAGAACAAUAGUGUUUUCAUUUUGCAACAGAAGAACCAUCCUGAUUUGAACAAUUUCCUAAUUCCAACCAUUGCAAUGUCUAAAUCCCAGGUUGCAGUUUGUUUAUAUGACUCUGAGAAUGAUAUAUUUCUUGAAACCCCUUGUCUGGAUCUCUUCCUAGGAGAUGAAUAUUUAAAAAUAGAAACAAUAAUCACUCUUUGGUUGGUUUUGAACUUUAAAUACUGCAGUUCGGGUGUUCCAGAUGAGAUUAUGGAACUUGGUUUUACGGCAGAUUUCUUCAAGCACUCUGGACCUCAUCUGGAAAAGUAUAUUGCUAAUGUGAACGCACCUUGUAACUAUCAACCUGAAGAUAAAUGGCUGGCACUAAGUUUUCUAAAAGACGUUAAACAUAAAGUGAAAGACAUUAACAACAUAUAUCAGCCUUCAUAAAAACAGAAAGUGAAUAUGAAAUCGCAAAUUUCCUUAGUGAGCUGGAGAAAACUGAUCUGGAGAAAAGUUUAAAAAGGAUAGUACAUUCCCAUAUGUGAACUAGAAAAACAUGAAAAAUGAAUUAAUGACACACUAAAAACUAAUAAGUGACUUGAUUAUAUAAAAGCAUUCAAAAAGUUACAUGCAAUAAGCAAAAUAUAAGAACUGAUGAACAAAAGUUACAAGAAAAAGGAAUGUGUAUAUAGUGGCGAUGUUAAUCUAGUCAAUUUCCUCAUUUGUUACUUCCCCAAUAUCAGGAAUGCAAGAAAUUGUAUUAAAUGUAUUU